UUGAAUUUUAGUAUUUUGUUUGCCGAUAUUUGUGGUUUUACCAAUCUUGCAUCAGAAUGUAAUGCCGAUGAACUGGUACAACUUUUGAAUAAUCUUUUUGCACGGUUUGACCAUUUGGCAUAUCGUAAUCACUGUAUGAGAAUUAAAAUUCUCGGUGAUUGUUAUUACUGCGUCUCUGGUUUGCCUGAAUAUCGCGCAAAUCAUGCGCAGUGCGCUGUGGAAAUGGGACUAGAAAUGAUUGAAGCAAUUAAGUUAGUGCGUGAGGUGACGGGCGUGAAUGUAAAUAUGCGUGUUGGCAUUCAUACUGGUCGUGCUCACUGUGGUGUACUUGGCCUAAAAAAAUGGCAAUUUGACGUGUGGAGUGAUGAUGUAACGUUAGCAAAUCACAUGGAAAGUGGUGGAUUACCUGGACGCAUUCACAUCACCGAAGCAACAUUGAAAUGUUUGGGUGACGUGUAUCACGUGGAAGAUGGUCACGGUGAUCAACGUUCCAAAUAUUUGGCUGAACAUAAAGUGAAAACAUAUUUUAUCGUUGAUGACGACAAACAUGCGGAAAUCGCAUUACAAACGAAUGCUCCCUUACUUGAAAAAGGGCUUCGAAUGACCGGCUAUGGCAGUGGAAAGCAGAAAUCUUGGUGUCGUGAUAGCGUCAGGCGAACAGCAAAUCAAAUGGAGCAAAGAAAACAGCAGCAGUCAGUUGAUGUCGAAGUGGCUAAUUAUCUAAUGCAAGGGAUUCGGGCAAUUAGCAAAGAUAAUUGGCGAACAAUGUAUUGCAAAUCAGUUUCAUCAAAAUUUCGACAAGAAAAGAUGGAAGCAAAAGUAUAA